UCCAUCACGGGCAUUUUUCAAAAUUUUCGUUAAGUGACCGUUAGUUUUUUAACGGCGACCCAAAACUCGCACAUAUGCAGGAAGAUGGUAUUAUUUCUGGUGAGAGUGAAAAAUAAGAUUAUUUUUGAAAGAGCAGAGAUUAUUUGAGAUAAUUUUUCCUAUUCUAAAAAGAAUUGAACAAAAAGCGCCUUUUGUUUUCUUGUUUGUUGUUUCUUAUAUAUUUUCACCGCUUUCACAACGACCACAGCACCCAUUCCCAAAAACUGUUUCCGAAUUCCGCCAUGAGAAGAGCUUCUUCCUCCGCACUGCUCCUCCUUCGCCGCCGCCCGCUCUCAUCUCUCGUCUCCUCCUCCGUAUCCGACGCCGCCGCCUCCCAAUUUCAUCCCUAUCUCAAACACUUAACACAAACCCCGCCCUUUCUCUCCCGCCAUGCCAAUACACCCCGGAUGUUCAACACUCAAACCCCGCCCCAGUACUCGGAAGAUAUGUUAAAGGCCGGCAUGGAUGACCUGAACAUGGGCACGAAACUCCACAGAGAAGGUAAACACGAAAAAGCCCUAUCUUUUGCCACUAGGGCUUUGCAGUCCUUCUAUAUAGACGAAGACAGUGCGUCUUUGCCUCUUGCCUUGGCUCUGCAUUUGAUUGGUUCUGUAUCGUGUGCUCUGGAAAGGUUUGAUGAUAGCUUAGGAUACCUUAAUUGGGCCAAACUGGUGUUGGGUAAGUUAGAGAAAGGCGAGUCUUGUAGUUAUGAACAUAUUAUUAGUGUUGAACACGUUGUGGAGGAUGACUUGUAUAACACAAACACAGCCAUGGGCAGGAGAGUGGAUGCUCUGGCUCAUCUCAUGAAGUCAGUGGAACUAAAAGAGAAGAUAUGGGGGGAAGGUAGCCUAGAACUUGGAUUCGCUUAUAGGGAAGUCGCAUUGGCUCAUAUCUGUGCUUUGAAAUUCAGUGAGGCAUUGCCGUUUUGUUUGAAGGCAUUGGAGAUACACAAGGCAUUACUGGGGGAAAACUCUGUUGCGGUUGCAGAUGACAGAGAACUCCUUGGGACUAUAUAUGGCGGGUUAUUGGAUGAUGAGAAGGCUUUAGAACAGAAAUAUCUAUUACAAAAGGUCUUGACGAAUUUAGGUCGUGGUCAAGAGUUGCUCCGAGUAGAAGUUGAUACUGCCAAUUGUCAGAUUCGAUUGGGAAGGUACGACGAGGCCAUCAAUACCCUCAAGGGUGUUCUUCCAUUGACUGAUAAGGACAACACAGAGAGAGCUAAUGUCUAUGUUUCCAUGUCAAAAGCAUUUUCUGGCCUGGUGAAGUUAGAAGAAUCAAAAAUGUGUCUUGAUAAUGCCUGUGCGGUUCUUGGCAAGGAUGAAAGUAGCUUUCCCUAUGGGGUUGCUGUAGAUUAUAUGGAAAUCUCGAGUCUAUAUGAGGCGAUGGAUGACUUUGAAAAUGCUUUAUCUGUGUCGAAGAAAGCACUGGCAAUGUUUGAGAAGAUGCCUGAAGCAAAGAAUUGUGCAGGUAAUGUUUCUUGUAAUAUUGGGGUGAUCCUUCUUUCAACGGGGAAAGCGGAGCAGGCAAUUCCUUAUUUGGAGGAUGCAGCCAAAUGGCUUAAAGAGAGCUAUGGGUCCAAACAUUUUAUUGUCAGUCGUGUUUACAAAGCUCUAGGCAAUGCUUACUUGGAAUUAGAUAGACCGCAAGCGGCUGUACAGGUUUUUGCAGAUGCUGCACAGGUUAUUGCGGAUGCGAAGGAUAUGUUGGACGUCUAUCCCGGCGUUCACCAUGCUCUUUCAAUAAAGGCUGAUCAAAACCUUUCAAAAGCAUAUGCUGCUAUGGGAAGCUAUGAACUUGCCAUUAAGUUCCAAAAGAAAGUUGUUGAAGCUUUGGAAGGGCUAGGUCCAGAUGAAGAAGAUAAACUUGAAGACGCUCGUGAGGUUCUUGAGCAGCUAGAGAUGAAGAAGGCCAGUCAUGCACCUGUAGAGGAGGCAAAACACAAGUAGGGACAACAUUUGAAUGUGAUGGCCAAUCUCAUUAGAGGCAUUCCUUCUCUUUCUAACUUAAUUAAUGAGCUUAUCUUAGAAAGACAAGUCUUGGAAAUAUGAUAUGAAGUAGAAAUGCAGUAUGUCAUCUCUCAUCAAACAAACUUUCCACUUCUAAUCUAAGAAAAACAUUGUGCGGUU